GGACUAUGUAACUAUAAGAUAGAUACGCUUAAGUAAUGUGAGUCUUGUAAAAGCCAAGCACCUUUAACCCGUCUUAAUCAUCCAACCCCAGCGAUAGUAUGAGUAAAGUCAACAUUUCUAAUAAUUUAUGUAAUCGACUAUCAUACUCAAUUGAUCCAACAUUAGCCGGAAAGGAGGUUUGUGCUUUCAAUUACUCUUUUCGUACGUUCCGAUUGCGCCAUCGAUCCGACCAAAGUCGGCAGCGUUUAAGGCGGGGGAAUUGCGUUGACACGAUAUCACAAUUUCAACGCUCAAACGGCUUAAACACCAUAACGUACCUAACACUAACAUACAAACAAAACACAUUACUUAGACUAAGUUCAUUAAGACCGCUCCAAUCAUGAGAAACGUCCUGAUUGAAAACCCCUCAGGCACCCCCGUGGCUGAGAUGUCUACGAAUAGAGGUCUAGCGGGACACAAGAUCCUGCUAAUCGUGCCUUGGGACCCUCCUGCGGGAUACGUCGAUGGCUUGCGCAAGACCUAUCCGGGCCUCAAGGUAUUCCAUAUCCGUUGGGAUACAUGGAGCAGGCCCGACCUGCCGCCCAAUAUUACGCCCGAGGAUUGGAAAACAGUCACGAUCCUUCUCAUUGGCCCUCGGUUUCCUACUAGAGAACAGGCGCCUAGGCUACAGCUGGUGCAGCUUCAGAGCGCCGGGGCAAAUUAUAUAUUAAAUAAUCCUCUUUUCACCGACACCGAUGUUGCUUUUUGCACGGCGAAUGGCGUUCAUCCACCGCAAAUCGCAGAAUGGGUCAUAAGCACAUACCUCGCUUUCCAGCAUAAUAUCCCACGUUUCCUCGAGCAUCAGAAGGAGCACAGGUGGGAGCACAGUUACGAUGACUCGGACACCCAAGAUGCUGUCAACCAACGAGUCGGUAUAUUGGGAUACGGAAGUAUCGGACGACAAGUAGCACGGAUAGCCAAAGCUAUCGGCAUGGAAGUAUACGCGUACACAAACAGACCCAGGCCUACGCCCGAGUCCCGUCGCGACCACUCGUACAUCGUCCCCGGCCUCGGCGACCCAGACGGUUCUCUCCCAUCAAAAUGGUUCUCGGGGACUCAAACCGAAGAAAUCAACGCGUUCCUCUCCGCGGACCUGGACCUCCUCGUGCUAGCCGUGCCCCUAACCCCGCAGACGCAGGGGCUCAUCGCAGCGCCGCAGCUCAAGCUCCUCCGGAAGAAGCGCACUUUCGUCAGCAACAUCGGCCGCGGCCCCGUCGUCAACACGGACGACCUGGUCACCGCGCUCAACGAAGAAUGGAUCCGCGGCGCCGCCCUCGACGUCACGGACCCGGAGCCCUUGCCCAAGGGCCACCCGCUCUGGGACGCGAAGAACGUGAUUAUCACGCCCCACGUCAGCGGCAACUCGACGAGCUACAACCGCCGUCUGCUGGAUAUCCUGGAUAUUAAUCUUCGCAACUUGAGCGAGGGCAAGGAGUUUAUGAAUCGGGUGAGCAAGAAGAGGGGCUAUUAGACUAGGUAUUCGACUGGUGGAGGAUAUACUUCCGGCCUUUCCGUUGGUAAAGGGAAAAAAAGGAAAUUAGGGGAAAUUGAAAAGCCAGUACCUGUAUCUAUCAAUUGCUUAUUCUGUGGAUUUAUCUUUAUCCUAUAUCUUUCCUUUUAGAUAUGUCAGGACCUAUAUAUUUAAACUUACCUCAA